GUUCAUAAAACCUUUUGUUUUAAUUUGUCAACUUUUUGAUUAUAUAUUUUUGCAGAGCUAUUCUCUACAUCUUGUUAAUUAUCACUUUACCAAAGGAAAUUAUGCACGUAGAAAACAGAUCAAUGAAUGAAAAACUUUCAAAAACCAGGAGAAACUCUUCUCAGUCAAUCAACGCCCAGUCUGUAAAAUAUGAUAAAGCUAAAAUUGAUGAAAUUAUUGAAAGACUAGCUAACUUAGAUAAAAAUAAAUAUCCUGUUGAGUGUACAUCAGCAAGAAUAAUGUUGGGUUUUAAUCGAUACGAUUUUGGAUGUUCACCUGAGAGUAUUGCCAAACCGAAUAUGAAAAAGAUGACACAAGAAGAAAUUCUUGCAGUUAUUGAUCGUUUAACACAAUACGAUAUAACAAAAUGUCCUCCAGGAUCAAGAGGACAUGAAAAGAAACAAUAGCUGGUAUUUCUUCUUUCUUAAAAUAUCUGGUUAAACAGUUGACCUCUCUAUCUCACCUUUUCUUCAUGUAAUGUAUUUAACCUGUGAGGUGAUGAUCAUCAUCAGUUGUCAUCCUAGACAUCUUAAUCAGUGUAAUGUAUUGCAAAUAUAUAUAUCAUAAUAUUUGUAAGAUUGUAUGAUAGAAAGAGAAAUAUAUUUAAAUAUUUACCAAAGCUUAUCUAAAAGUUAUUUCACGUCAUAUGAAUUCAUUUCAUUUUUGUUUUUGUCAUCAAAUCAUGUGUUAAUCAGAAACUGUAAUAGUUAAAAGUGAAUGUACUUUAAUGCCUUUAAAGUAAGGGUCUCGUUUGAUUAUCUUGAAGCUACAAAUAUUAACUCAGAAAAAUUAAAACAAUAUACGUAAAAGAGAGGAA